AUAGCUACGAAAGGAGGCGGCGGCGGAGGUGGCAGCCAUCUUGGCAGCGGCGGCGGCGGCGGGCCCGACGGGGCGAUGAGCGGCUCGAAGCCCAGGGUGGCGUCGGGGGCCGGCGGGGCGCUGAGCCGCUUGCGAGGCCGGAGAGGCUCCGGAGACGCGUCGCCCGCGGUCGUGGCUCCUCUGAGGGCCGCCGUGUUGCCCCGCACCGAGGCGGAGCUGCUGGCGCUGGACGCGGUCCGGCCCGAGCACGUCCUGGGGCUCAGCCGCGUCACUGAGAGUGAGUAGCAGGGGCGCCCCCGGAGGGGGGCGAGGAGGAGCAGGAAGGAGGAACCCCGACAUUGUGCCAAGCCCGCUCUGCGCCCCGGUAUCGACUCCCCAGAGCCCCCGCCCCGCCCCGCCCCAGUUCGUGGAUUCACUUAGGUGGGCACCCAUGUAUCUACCCUGCCCCUCCUCUCCGUAGGCCAGGGGAAUUGGAAGGGGUGGUCCUCACGCUCCCCCCAAAAUCUUCUCUUGCCUCUGAAGGUUGCCCCUUCUAUGGACUCUUCUGAGCACCCCAACAUCGAUUAUGCUUUUGCUCUGAAUACAGUGAUACCUCAGGUUACAUACGCUUCAGGUUAUAGACUCCGCUAACCCGAAAAUAGUGCUUCAGGUUAAGAACUUUGCUUCAGGAUAAGAACAGAAAUCGUUCUCCGGCAGCAGCAGGAGGCCCAUUAGCUAAAGUGGUGCUUCAGGUUAAGAAGAGUUUCAGGUUAAGAACGGACCUCCGGAACGAAUUAAGUACUUAACCCGAGGUACCACUGUAGUCAUGUUCUUUUUCCAAUCAGGGCGCAGGAAAUUGGGAGCGGCGGAGCACAUUCUCCCUUUACACGCCGGCUAGCAUUUUGCUCCGAAGAAACCUCCCUUUAAUGGCCCCACCGGCUAGACCCAUAAACUAGGGCCCCCAAGUGUCUGUUAGGUUUCCAUUUCCUUCCUGUCCCUGAGCGCAGGAAAAUUGUGGGAGACAGAGCAUGCACCCUGCUUUCUUGUUUCACUCAAAAAAAUCUAUCCCCCUAUUUGCAACUAAGAGAAACUCAGGAUAUGUAUAUUUAACUGCUCAGGGCUUUGUCUAGCCCCAGCUGUAAGGCUGACGCAAAUAAAGACUCAUUCAUUCAUUUAAAGAAUUGAUAUGCAUAACUUCUCACUCCUGGGUGCCCCUGAAACUGGGAAACCCUGAGUACACCAGCAUCAGCUUUCUGUGUUGCUGCUGCCCCCCACUUCAUGUGCACAACCUCUCUAGUUACUUACCAACUAGCCAGUCCCUUUUUCUGUCAGAGUAACUCCACCAAAGACGCAAAAAUCAGGGAGCCCCAAGGCACCCUAGCACCACCCUGCCGCAUAUUAGUAUAUCAGGUACUCUGAAGAGCAUUUCCAUUCCCCCCCCCUUUGAAUAGUCUCUUUACUCCCUCUUACUUAAUACAGUACUUUCAAUUAACAAGAUGGUAAUAGCUUCCCUAUGCUUUUCUACUUGCAGAACUGUGAGCACACCUGAAAGUCAUCACUGCAGUCAUAAUUCUGAAUAACUUCUUUUCUUUCUGCCGUCAGUCUUUUCUGGCUUAGAAUGACUUUCUCUCUGCAGUCUGCCUACAAUCGUGGAAAUACAGGGUUGCCCAGGCUUGUAUUUAACAACUCAUGUAAUAACCAUAGGGUGUUCCAGUAUAACGCUAAUCAAUGUGUUCUGUCAGUGCAAGAAUUUCCACUUGUGCAUCAGAACUUCCCUACUUCUCUCCUCUCCCCCCCCCAGCACACCCCCUAAAUCUGUUCCUUCAGAGUAGAUAUGGUGAGAGCAUAGGGAGAUGGAGAGGGAAUUUGUGGUGUAAACAGAAAUCCUUGUACUGAUGUAAUGCAUUCAAUGGGUUCCACUCCAUACCAGGAAUCCCCUGCAGGCCAAUGACCAGCCCAUUCCUCCUCUGAGUCCUUUCUUUGAUUGAUUGAUUGAUUGAUUGAUUGAUUGACUGAUUGCAUUUAUACCCCACCUUUCCUUCAAUCCUAGACGUACGUUAGUGAGUUAUUGGCCAAAGGUGAGCUUCACGGCUGAGUGGGGAUUUGAACCCCGGUCUCCCAGAUCCUAUUCCAACACCCUAACCACAACACCAGGGACCGCGGGUGGCGCUGUGGGUUAAACCACGGCGCCUAGGACUUGCUGAUCGGAAGGUCGGCGGUUCGAAUCCCCGCAACGGGGUGAGCUCCCAUUUUUCGGUCCCAGCUCCUGUCAACCUAGCAGUUCGAAAGCACCUCACAGUGUGAGUAGAUAAAUAGGGACCGCUCUCCGGUGGGGAGCGGGAAGGUAACGGCAUUUCCGUGUGCUGCUCUGGUCCGCCAGAAGCGGCUUAGUCACGCUGGCCACGUGACCCGGAAGCUGUCUGCGGACAAGUGUCGGCUCCCGGCCUCUUGAGCGAGAUGAGCACGCAACCCCAGAGUCGGUCACGACUGGACCUGAUGGUCAGGGGUAUCUUUACCUUUACCUAACCACAACACCACACACUGGCUCUCCGUGUCUAACAUUUUUCUCCACAACCAGUAUGAUAAGACAGAGGGCUGGUGGAGAAGGGACAUUGGAAGCUCCUCGGUCAGACAAUUGGUCCGUCUAACUCACUAUUGUGCACACUGGCGGGUUGCUCUAUCCUUCCUUCUUCAAUAAACCUGGGCAAGGAAAGGCAGUACAAUGGUACCUCGGGUUAAGUACUUAAUUCAUUCUGGAGGUCCGUUCUUAACCUGAAACUGUUCUUAACGAAGCACCACUUUAGCUAAUGGGGCCUCCCGCUGCCGCCGCACCGCCGUAUCACGAUUUCUGUUCUCAUCCUGAAGCAAAGUUCUUAAUCCGAGGUACUAUUUCUGGGUUUGCGGAGUCUGUAACCUGAAGCGUAUAUAACCCGAGGUACCACCGUACUAGCUUGUCAAGUGGCUAGAAGCCUGUGUUUUUGUGCAUGCUUUAUACGAAGCUAGUACUUGGGGGUGGGCAGAGAGCAGGCUAGUAACAUUUGUGGGCUUAUUUGCAGUGUUGCCGCAAUAUCUACUCUCCUUUCUUUUAUAUACAGGCGGCAACCAUUUCAUGCAGGUGUUCCAUUCCUGGCCCCCACACUCGUCGAUGGAGCACAUUUAAGUGUGCCCCGAUCCUGUUCUGCCUUCUUGCGGGUCCAAAAGGACCUGCGUGUCAGCGAUCGCGCGUCAAUUGGACUCACCUAAAAUGGUGACUGCCUGUAUAUAAAAAUGAGGUCCUUGGGUUUAUGUAUGCAUGAAGCUUUAUUUCUAGCAGGACGGACCCAUCAGAUUGGCAGUAGCCCUCCAAGGCUUUGGGCUGCGAUGGCUCUUCCCAGCUCUGAAGCCCGAGAUCCCUUUACCUGUCUUGUCUUUCCCAAAUGGUAAUCCCCCACAUGGGACUUCUCAGGUUUCCUUUCCUUUGUCUCCUAGACUAUCUCUGCCGACCAGAGGACAACUUUUACAAUAUUGAUUUCACCAAGUUCAAGAUCAGGGACCUGGAGACAGGGACGGUGCUAUUUGAAAUUGCCAAACCUUCAGCUUUAGGUAAGUGGGCCCUGAAGAAGAAAAAAUAGAGAAAGUGAGAGCGUGUACAUGAAGCCUAAGGUCCGGUCUCCAUCUAGAAAUUGUUGGGAUUUCAGAAUCUAAAUAGUUUCUUCUAAAGAAAUGAAUGAUUUCUGCAAUUCCACCUCUUUUUCUUCUUCCCUCCCCCCCUUCUGACAUUAAAGUUCCCAACAAAUAUUUUAAAGGAGAAGUUUGCAAAUUUUCUAUAGGGCUUAGGAAGGCAACUUAAUAACUUUUAUAUAAACUACUCUGCGUGAUAAUAUUGCUCACCACUAAUAUAGACAAGCUGGUGGGAGUUGUAGUCCAAAGCAUCUGGCAGGCACCAGGUUGGGGAAAGGCUUCUUUACAUUUUCUCUUGCAUGCAGUAUAUGGCACAAUAGGGCCCUGAUUCUGCUGUCUCUAAACACCACCAGCUUUGCCCACCCUGCAGUUCAGCCCAGCUGAACUAAAUCUGUCUGUAACAUGACUCAAGUCACCAGCUUAGCACGUCACCAGCCGAUAGAGAGUGGCUUAUCGCUAUCAUUGUUAUUAUUAUUAAUUUCAUUUAUAGACCAUCUUAUGCCCAUGGCCUCAGAGUGGUUUAACAUACAUGAAGAAUACUAACAUGCAAACAAUUUCUGUUACAAUCAAUAACGCACAAAACAUUAACACCAGUAGUGACCGUAGAGCAGUAAAAACAAACAAAGACACCACAGUGUGAUUGAUUCAGCAUGCAAAAUGUCACCAACCUGGGUAAGUUAAAACUGUUCAACUGAUGUUGGGGGCUCUGCAUCAAAAGUGCUUGGUGCAGUUCUGGGAGUAGCAAGGUGCUGCCACAAAGAAGGCUCAAAUAUGAGCUUGGGUGGCAGGCCAUGGUGGCCUCAUGGGAGAAUCUGCCCCCUUCCUGACGGUGUGGCUGAGGGAGUGCCAGCAAAAGGUGUGCAUGAUAUCUCACGGGUGACUUGCUUCUUAAAUGUCGCUUCUUACAGAGCAAGAGGAUGAUGACGGCGACGCCGGGGAGGUGGACACCAGCGCAGGGCGCUUUGUCCGCUAUCAGUUCACGCCUGCCUUCCUGCGCCUCCGGACAGUUGGCGCAACGUGAGUAGGAGCUUGUGGAGUGAUGGGGGAAAGGGGGCUACCCUGCUAACCCUGUGAUUGCAAUCAAAUGAUUCUGAGAUUGUAUAAAGCAGGUUCAUCAGCUCACAAAGAAUGUAUAUUGGAGAAGUGGCUGUGCCUGGGGCUCGGUGUAAUCUGUGAUUCACAAUAAAAAAAUAGUUUAAAAAAGGAAUGGGUUGUAUCCAGCUAAGUCCUACUCAGGGUAGGCCCAUUAAAGGACCUACAUUAAGUCUGGUUCAUUAACUUCAUUGGGUCUACAUGGAGGAGAACCAGCGCUGGGUACAACCCAAUAUAUCUGCAACACUAGAAGUGUCAUUGUGCAAAUUGUAAAAAUUCACAACAUGCUUGAUUUCACUUCCUUGUCACAACCCAGCCAUCUUCAUUAGUUUGCAUAAUUUAUUUGGCUAGUUGUGGAUAGGAGCAAGGAGCCCUAGGCUUGUUUGCUGCAAAUAGUUGUGAGUUGCUGAGAUGUCAUUAAGCACUGCCUCAUUUUUCAAACAUACCUUCAUAAUCAUAGGCACUAGGAACUUUUGAUUCUAUUAUUCUGUUUAGGAAAUGAAAGCUGUUAUCUUUAGGAACAAGUGCUUGUGGGCAGCCCAUGUUUUGCUCCUGCAGGUUAGUUACAGCUCUGUCUGUGCCCAUCACAGGCAGCGUUGCCUCCAGGGCUGGGUCCUUGCAGAAACCAAGUUUUGGCUUCUAGUCAGGAGACCAUCUUGACCACCUAACUGGUUGUUCUUCUCUUUCCCUCCUGUCUCUGCAGCGUGGAGUUCACAGUAGGGGACAAGCCUGUGUCGAAUUUCCGUAUGAUCGAGAGGCAUUACUUCAGAGACCGCCUUCUCAAGAAUUUUGACUUUGAUUUUGGCUUCUGCAUCCCCAGCAGCAGGAACACUUGUGAGCACAUCUACGAGUUCCCACAACUUUCAGAGGACCUCAGUAAGUAUCUAUUGUGUGACCCAGAGCUGGCUCAAGACCAGCCUGGUCUCCUCCAAGUCAUUUUGGACUAUAAAUCCCAUCUGCCCCAGCCACUGCAGGCUGCAGAGUGGGGUUGAUGGGAGUUGUAGUCCAAAAUUGGAGGGCAUGACGUUGAAGAGGAUACAGUAGACUUUGCUUCAGUAUCAGCUACCAAACGUCAUGCAUUGCUUUAAACCUUUCAAACUGAGUUGUACUCAGAAGCUGGUUGGUAGCCGAUGGAGUUCUUGUAGCACCAGCAAUAGCUGUUCAGUGGUCACUCGUGGUUAGUAACCCAACCGCUGUAUUCUGCACUAACUUUGCACAGUCUUCAACCUGACCUAACCUCUUCCUGCUAGCUGCUUAAGCUGUUUUUCACAAGGAAGAAGAUAGGGCCAAACAGAACUUCACACAGAAAUCUUAAGUGUGAACUUGAUAUAUUUCAAAUACCAUGCCUUUUAGAACUGUGGCCACCGCAGCCUAAAAAGAGAGAGAAAAGUGGGGAGUAUUGCUGCUAAUUUCAGUUUGAGUAAGCACAGCUCACUCUCUUCAAAAGAUUCCUCAUUCAGGGGAAGAAUGUGGUUACGGAGAAGCACUGAAUUGGUUGACUUCUCUGUUCGUUACAAGCUCUGGGUGUUAAGAAUAUGUUUUAGAAGGUCAUAGCAACCUAGAAUUGUUGAGUUGGAAGGGAUUCUGAGGAACAUCUAGUCCAACCCCCUGCAAUACAGGAAUAUGCAGCUGCCCCAUACAAGGAUCAAACCUGCAACCUUCCAACUGAGCUAUUUAAAACUCUUUUUUUGGAAAUUUUAAUUGGAUUCUUAUUGAUGUGUUUGCCACCUUGGGCUGCUUAGAGGUAGGUGCAGGAUAUAAAUUCAAUAAAUAAAUAUUUGCUUUCCAUUCACUGGCUGCACUUAUGUAGUUCAGUUGCUCUUGCACGUAAAAUAAGCGAUCUCAUGUAGCACGUCUCAAUUUUUUAGUAAGUGGUCAACAGGGGAGUUGUUACAUAUAGAGAUCUCCUUACGUGCUAUGUUCUAUGGCUGAGGCUAACUGACCUAUCUCUGUCUCUCUUCCUCUUUCUCUCCCUCCCUCCCUCUCUUUCACCCCACGCAGUCCGUCUGAUGGUCGAGAACCCCUACGAGACCCGCUCAGACAGCUUCUACUUUGUGGACAACAAGCUGAUUAUGCACAAUAAGGCUGACUAUGCCUACAACGGAGGGCAGUAGCCGCCGCCGCUGCAUCCCCCUCCCCCCCUCCAUUGGACUUUGCACUACCGCCAGCCAUCCUGGUCACAUUGGAGGAGAGCAGGGAAGCUGCCCUGGACUCCGAGGCCUUUUGCGGAAAGCUCUGUGAGGCUCAAGAUGCGAUGUUGAAGGGGCUGAGGUGGCAACUGGUGACAGUAAAGGAGCUCCCCUGGCAAACCCGAACCCUUUCCAGCCUUGUUCCUUUCUGGUCCUCUGCUCGGUACCCAGUGGCACCUGGGUCAGGUUACAGGUUGGACUGUCUGUUAAAUGUUAAACUGAUGUAGCAGUUCUUGUAGUUUGGCGCACUUAGCCUGUAUUCCUUGUAUGUUCUUCCCCUUUCCGGUGGGCAAAGGGUCCUCCGACACAAAGCUGUUUCCUCUUCCAGGUAGCCCAUGAAACGUAGCUAGCAGGUUUUCCCCCUUUGGAGGAGUGUGGCAGGGCUGGUGAAUCACUUUGGCAAAAUCGGUGACCCAGCCUGUAUGAUUGACUGUGAGGGCCCACCAUUCACAACCAACCGAAAAACAAAACAAAAAGGAGGAGAGGUGUUGUUGUUUUUAAGGGAUGCUCCAGAUUGUGGCUUCGUUCUGUGGUCUUGAAUGUUCCUUAAACGCUGUUGGGUACCGGUUGGCAAAAAAAAGGCCUGUGUCCCACUGUGAGUCUUUGUGAGGUCUUUUGAGGCCUUUUCUGCCAACCAGCUUAGGGGGAGGGAGACUGAGAUGAGCCUUCAGCCUAGGUUCCGUUCUGCAUCUCAGUUUUGCUCUUUUCCUUUAAGGUGGGCAAAGGUUACCGGGAGCCAGGAAUUGCCUGGUGGAGCCUGUCCAAGCAGCAGGGCAGAUUUUCCCAGGAGAAAUCUUCUGUUUGUGUCUCAAAACGUAUUAGUGUAAGAAAUGGUGGUGUUAACCAGCUUGUAUUGCCUGCCUUGGUUUGUGCCGCCAUUGAAGUGGGCUCCAUAGGCUCCCCAGUGCAAUGAGAUGUAACGGAAUCAGUGUGGCUGUGAAAAUAAGGGACUUUUCCCUCUUGAAAUCUGUAGCUCUGAGCUUUUACUGGCUCCAUUUAAAUGUGUAGGAAACCAGCCAGCUUUUGCUGCUGAGAUGCCGCUAUGCCUGUUGGUUAGGCACAUCCAAGGAAGGAGUACUGGAUGAGGGCCUGGGGAGGAGGGUGUGUAUCAGCCAGGGAAGCAGGAAUCUUGCCCUGAGGCGGCUGUCGGCAACUACAAAGCAGUAUUUUUGUUGCUGUCGGACUCCACUCCCAGGCCUUUCUCUCGCUUCAAAGUUAAGCUGGUGUUCAAAGGCCUUGCAGUCAGGGGCCGGUUCUGUGUCAGAUGCUAAUUCAGCCUGCACGGGAGAAAGCCUUCCAGGCUCUUGAGACUAGCCCUUUUUGGAGGGGGUGGAGGCACACGCACAUUACCCUGAAACAAACCCUUUUAGAGAGGGGAGGAGGAUAGUUACAGAUUAGAGCGUUUGUAGGAGGCGAAACGCAAGAGGAAAAUGGCUUGGACUCUUUAGCUGUAAGGUAGGAUGUUCUUAACCACUCCCAAAAUAUUGGGGAUGUAAUAAGGGUGAAAAGGGCAGAGCUUUUUGUCCCUGUGUAGCCAAGUUUGUGGGUUAAAAGAAAAGAAAACCCUCUGUUUUUUUGUUCUUGUUUUCUUCCUAACCUGUGAUGUUCCAGCUCCUGCACUGUGUGGCCCAGUUGUCUCUACCGAUUGAUGAUGGUAGUCAGUUCUGCUGCAGUCCGCUUGAUGCUUUCCACAGAAAGGUGCCUUUUCUCCCCAUGUCGAAGGCCACAUUCCCAGAGGAACAGUUGAGAGAAACACUUCCUCAUUCCACAGGAGGAGGUGGUGGUGAUAUGGGGUUCCAGAGUCAAUGUGAUUAAAAACACCAGGUGCCUUUUAAACAUCAUUCUUACUGUUGCUCAGGCUCCUUCCGAGGACGUCCCGCCUUUGCUUUCUUACGAAUUUAUCCCAGGAGCAGUUGGGAAGGAUGGGCGGCAAUCUGAGCCAAGAGCAGGUACCGUACUUUGCAAUAAACUCCCAGCUGCUGGCCCCCUUCUCUGGGCUCCAGAUUCUUCUCUUCUCCUCCUUCUCACUUCUUCUUUCUCAAAAACUGAAACUCUCUGCCUCCCCCCAUUCCUUCCGAGUGUUAAUGCUCUAUGUGUCCCUUGCAAGCUCCCAUCUCCUCAAGAAGAAUCACAAAGCAGAAAUGGUGCGAGGGGCUUGCUUGUUAAAUUCUGCCUGUUGCUGCUUCUGCCUUGCGGGACCAAAUAUGUGAAAUGGGGAAGGAAGUGUGGGGCAGCGAGAGACAGGUAUCCUGAUGCCCCAGAGGACGUGCCCAAAUGUGUGGAUUUGAGCUCUCUGGAACACUUUGUGCCGAGAGAGAGAGGGGCUCUUUGAAUUGCCCCACCAGAUAGAAGUUGAACCUGCCCUUGUCCAGCCGGCGCUUUUAUCUGUCACUCAUUUGGCUGCUGCCCCUUGGGACCACAUGCUGCAUUCCUGUGUGGAAGCCUGACUCUCCCUCCCCCACCCCCUGAGCCAUCUUCCUGUCGCACUAAGACUGCAUCCGUGGGUUGCAUAUGGAAGAGGAGGGGAAGGGUCUGCUUCUGCCAUGUUGACCAUAGUGUUAGUGCAGGGUGUGGGGGGCUAGAUACAAGAACAGCAUUUAUCCAAAGACAGGGGCACCUAAAUUUAUAACUGGAAUAGAUGGGCCAUCUCCCCCAAGCGGUUACUUGCCAUUGGAAGGUGUCAACGAUUCGUUCUUCCUCCCCAGCCAUAACCUGGGGGACGGGGGCUUUCUCGUGGCCUCUGCUAAGUUUGGCAGGCCAUCUCCCUGGCUUGAUUUCAAGCCCUUGUCUUCCUCUUUGCAUGUCCUCGUCCCUCUGGAGAAUUGUUAAUGAAACUGAGUCCUUCCCUGUUGAAUAAACCACACAGGACACUUGAAAGCAAGAAGUGUCUAUGAGGAAGGGAACUGGAAAUACAUUGACUUCUGUAUUGUAUGCAGAUUGAUACUGAUGACAGGUUUGCCAUGAAAAGUAUCUGCCUUAAAAGCAUUAAUCUGUAAGGUUCACUGUUGCCCUCCAAUGGUGUUGACAGCGGCUGCUUCCAUCUCAUACUCUGUGGCUGUGCAGGCACUGAAGUCCUCGCAUUGCAUUGUCUGCUUGCCCCACCCUAACUAAUGGAGAGACCUGGUCAUAACAGGGCUGCUCUGUUACAUUUCCCAUUUGGUGAAGCACCAGCAAACAUGUUUGGACCUCCUGUGUAUUUUUUUUUUUUAAUUAAUGGGGGGUUUUAUAAGGCCAUCAGACCCAGGCAAGGGGAUAGUUUUUUCUCAGUCCCACAGAUUUUUCAGAGAUGUUCCUGGGAUGACUGGAAAAAGAAAACUUUUCUGGUAUCAUGCGAUCAGUUUACCAGCAGGGAGAAGAACAUUGCAGGACUGUGACAAAAUGCAUCUUUCUCCAGUUUGUCUCUGAAUUGGCCAUUGGAAAGAUUUCCUCUGCAAGAUUUGUUUUUAAAAUAGGGUUUUCUAUUCCAUUGUGGUCCUUGCCUGACAAUAAUAUACCCAUUUUUGGUCUGUCUGUGUGCAUCUGUGACCGUUUGGAGAGUGGCAGGUUGUUCCUUUUAAACUUGUGAAUUCCAGAAAAGAGAUCACGGACGUUAUAUUUUUCUGUCAAGGUAUUUUUCCAUAGAGGAUGACAGGAGUGUCCCAAGAAGUCUGUGUGACCAUUACGAUCACCACAUUGAACCGUCGCCAUGCUGUUGUCAUCUUGUGUGUCUCCUAAACCUACAGUAUACUAGCUGACUCGUUUGUAUAAAAUGUUACUUUGUUGAAAGCAAUAGUAAUUAAAAACAAAAAAGCAAAAAAACCAUCAACACAC